CGUCAAACUGCCUUAUGUCGCAAAGAGCCCACACGUAGUUGGCAGCUACUAUUCACUACAGUAUAUCUCGUUUUAUUUACUGUUCAAGAUAACUGCUACAAUGGAAAUCUUACGUCCAUCAUUGAUCAACAUAAGUGGAAGAGUAUACAGAAGAAAUACUAUCAAAGAAGACCAGUAUGAAGAGGGGGAAGAGGACGACUCCUACAUGGGACCACCAGCAAGUGAACAGUUUGAGGAAGAAGAAGAGUUCUGUGACAGCCACUCCAUAGAACAGACUGACAAAGGUUUCAGCUGUGCCAUUGAUGUCCCAAGUGUUCUUUACAAAUACAUCAUUGGAAGGAAAGGAGAGACACGUAGAAGACUCGAGGCAGACACAAAGACAGACAUCCACAUUCCAAAACAAGGAGUGGAAGGACAGAUCGUGAUCACUGGCUCCCAGAAGGCCGCGGUGUCCUCUGCCGUGACUCGUGUCGAGCUCCUGGUGCAGAGCUUUCGCAAGAAGCAGCCGUUCACCCACUUCCUGUCGUUCGCUCUUAACCACCCUCAAGUUCAAGAUGGAUUCCUGAGGUUUAAAGAGGAGGUGUUGGAGCAGUGUUCUCAGGACCACGGAGUAGAUGGAAGCAUCUUCCAGAAUCCUGCUAAGCUCCAUCUAACAGUCGGCACCCUGGCUCUGCUGAAUGACCUGGAAGUGACCCAAGCAUGUAAACAACUCCAGCACUGUCAGGACUUUAUCAAGACCAUCACAGAAGGGAAGCCUCUCCCGCUGGAGGUGACAGGGAUUGAGUACAUGAACGAUGACCCAGCCAUGGUGGAUGUCCUGUAUGCCAAGGUCCAAGUGAAAGAUGGUUCGGACAAGCUGCAGACCAUUGUGGAGCGGCUGGUGGACCACUUUGUUUCCUCGGGGCUGAUGGUCAGAGAAUGGGACAGAGUGAAACUGCACGGCACAGUGAUGAACACUCUGUUCAGGAAGGAUGCUUCAGCCGAAGCCAGGGGAGGAAGGCAGAACAUGAAGGAGCGGGAGGCCUUCGAUGCCAGGAACAUAUUAAAGAGCUUUGGGUCGUACCAUUUUGGGGAGUUUGAUCUGAGUGCGGUCCAGAUUUCCCAGAGGUAUUCUACCGACUGCACCGGUUUCUACACCUCCGCUGGCCUUCUGAACUUCUCCUGACCACCUCUCCCCUGAACGUUCCCUCAGGUGAGAGAGAGGUCAGAGGUGAACGAUGAAGCUUCAAGGUGGACUGGACCUGCAGAGGUGAACGAUGAAGCUUCAAGGUGGACUGGACCUGCAGAGGUGAAUGACCGGGUUACAAGGUGGCCAUGUCAGAAAACUCUAGGAUGUCCCUGUCACCGUGUCAGGAAACUCUAGGAUGUCCCUGUCACCGUGACAGGAAACUCUAGGAUGUCCCUGUCACCGUGUCAGGAAACUCUAGGAUGUCCCUGUCACACCAUGUCAGAAAACUCUAGGAUGUCCCUGUCACCAUGUCAGGAAACUCUAGGAUGUCCCUGUCACCGUGUCAGGAAACUCUAGGAUGUCCCUGUCACCGUGUCAGGAAACUCUAGGAUGUCCCUGUCACCGUGUCAGAAAACUCUAGGAUGUCCCUGUCACCGUGUCGAGGAAACUCUAGGAUGUCCCUGUCACCGUGUCAGGAAACUCUAGGAUGUCCCUGUCACCGUGUCAGGAAACUCUAGGAUGUCCCUGUCACCGUGUCAGGAAACUCUAGGAUGUCCCUGUCACCGUGUCAGGAAACUCUAGGAUGUCCCUGUCACCGUGUCAGGAAACUCUAGGAUGUCCCUGUCACCGUGUCAGGAAACUCUAGGAUGUCCCUGUCACACCAUGUCAGGAAACUCUAGGAUGUCCCUGUCACCGUGUCAGGAAUCUCUAGGAUGUCCCUGUCACCGUGUCAGGAAACUCUAGGAUGUCCCUGUCACCGUGUCAGGAAAGUCUAGGAUGUCCCUGUCACCGUGUCAGGAAACUCUAGGAUGUCACCGUGUCAGGAAACUCUAGGAUGUCACCGUGUCAGGAAACUCUAGGAUGUCCCUGUCACCGUGCACUUGGCUGCAGGCCAAUCAAAUGCCAGUGGAAUUGUCAGAAAAUGCUGGCAUUCAUUUCCGUGGGACAUCGUGCUCCAUCUCCCCCAGUCACCUGCUUCCUGAUUUAAAAACUUCCUGAAGUGUUUACGUUUCAACUGGAGUUGAAGGCCUGAAAACAACUUGAUUAUAUUAUUGACAAAUUGGAUUAAUGACACAUUGGGGUUAAUGACACAUUGGGUUAAUGACACAUUGGGGUAAUGACACAUUGGGGUAAUGUCACAUUGGGGUAAUGACACAUUGGUUUAAUGACACAUUAUAUCAAUGACACAUUGGGGUAAUGACACAUUGUGGUAAUGACACAUUGGGGUAAUGACACAUUGGGGUUAAUGACACAUUGGGUUAAUGACACAUUGGGGUAAUGACACAUUGGGGUAAUGUCACAUUGGGGUAAUGACACAUUGGUUUAAUGACACAUUAUAUCAAUGACACAUUGGGGUAAUGACACAUUGUGGUAAUGACACAUUGGGGUAAUGACACAUUGGGGUAAUGACACAUUGGAAUUGGAUUAAUGACACAUUGGGGUAAUGACACAUUGGAAUUGGGGGUAAUGAUACAUUGGGGUAAUGACACAUUGGGGGUAAUGACACAUUUGGGGUAAUGACACAUUGGGUAUAAUGACACAUUGGGGUAAUGACACAUUGGGGGGUAAUGACACAUUGAGGGUAAUGACACAUUGGGGUAAUGACACAUUGGAAUUGGAUUAAUGAUACAUUGGGGGUAAUGACACAUUGGGGUUAAUGACACAUUGGGGUUAAUGACACAUUGGGGUAAUGACACAUUGGGGUAAUGACACAUUGGGGGUAAUGACACAUUGGGGUUAAUGACAUAUUGGGGUAAUGACACAUUGGGGUAAUGACACAUGGGGGUAAUGACACAUUGGGGGUAAUGACAUAUUGGGGGUAAUGACACAUUGGGGGUAAUGACACAUUGGGGGUAAUGACACAUUGGGGUAAUGACACAUUGGGGUAAUGACACAUUGGGGGUAAUGACACAUUGGGGGUAAUGACACAUUGGGGGUAAUGACACAUUGGGGGUAAUGACACAUUGUGGUAAUGACAUAUUGGGGUAAUGACACAUUGGGGGUAAUGACACAUUGGGGUAAUGACACAUUGGGGUAAUGACACAUUGGGGGAAUGACACAUUGGGGUAAUGACACAUUGGGGUAAUGACACAUUGGGGUAAUGACACAUUGGGGUAAUGACACAUUGGGGUAAUGACACAUUGGGGUAAUGACACAUUGGGGUAAUGACACAUUGGGGUAAUGACACAUUGGGAUACCAUUUGGUUUUGAUAUUUUUCCCUCUAUGGCAUAAGGUUCCACUAUUGUGAUAUGGGAUGAAUCUGUAAAACACAUAAUAAACAGACAAAUUAUUCAAA